AUGGAUAUUGAUGUAGUGUCUGUCUGUGCCAUCGCCAUGGGGACGCUGGUUGUUCCACUUUUACUUUUCAUGGCAUCCUUUAUGUUGUGGCCUUCAUCACUCAUCAAAGUUUAUUACUGGUACUGGAGGCGAACCCUGGGUCAUCAGGUGUACCAUGCUGAUUGUGGAGGAUACCGCUUCUGUUACUCUUCCAGAGGAAAGCCGAGCGCCAGACCUUCCAUUCUCAUGCUGCAUGAUUUCUCUGCACACAAAGACACAUGGCUGUCUCUGAUUAAAUACUUUCCGAAACAUCUCCAUCUUCUGUGUGUGGAUAUGCCAGGGCAUGAGGGAACCACACGCACCGGCAUAGAGGACUACUCCAUCCAGGGACAGGUUAGGAGAAUACGCCAGUUUGUAGAAACCAUCCGGCUGAACAGGAAGCCAUUCCACUUGGUGGGCACUUCAAUGGGUGGAAAUGUAGCUGGAGUGUAUGCAGCCUGCUACCCCUCUGACCUCUGUAGUAUGACACUCAUCUGUCCAGCUGGUCUAAGGUGCCCUUACAAAAGCAAGUUUGAUGACCUAAUGCAGGAGCUGGAGCAAAGUAAGUACACAAUAAGCAAUCCUCUCAUCCCAUUCAAUCCAGAGGCGAUGGAGGACAUGCUGAAGCUCUGCUCUCACGUGCGCUUUAAAGUUCCUCAACAGGUUCUGCAAGGACUCGUGGAUGUUCAUCUUCCACACAAUGACUUCUAUCAUGAAGUUUUCAUGGAGAUUAUGAAGGAGGAGUCUAAAUAUGCCCUACAUGAUCAUAUGCAUCUGAUCACCACGCCUUUGCAAGUCAUCUGGGGUAAGCAGGACCAGGUAAUGCAUGUGUCUGGGGCGUCUGUGCUGGCUAACGUACUGCCAACCUGUCGUGUGGACCUGCUGGAGAACUGCGGCCAUUCUGUAGUGAUGGAGCGGCCACGGCGCACUGCCAAACUCAUCUUAGACUUCAUCAUCUCUCACCAGGGCUUGGCAAGGGCCACUAUCAAAAAGAAAUUUUAAGAAACCUUUUAUUUCCUAUAUUUAUUUUCCUUAAUGAAUGUGCACCUUGUUAUAUCAGUUUAUAUAUGUGCUGUCUCACACAAGAAAAUCAUAUUAUCCUAUUUUUAAGUCAAAAUGAAAACUUAACAUGACUGACUGGAGUUUUCUGUGCCCAGAUAAACAUAGCUAACUGGAGAAAUGUGAAAAUGACACAAAACAACAGUCCGGAGCUGUGCUGUUUUCUUGGGAUGUUCUCAGUUUAAUUGAAUUAUUUGCAAUAGUAAAAACAAUAAAUGAUAUAUAGGUCAGUGUAUCUUUAAAUAUUUUUUCAAUAAAAUC